CCACCUCUUUGUGUAUAUGAAUUGCAGCCUUGCAAAUAUUGAUGGUCCAGCAACCCUCUUGAAAAAUCUGCCUCGUCGCGUGAGCUGCUUGCUAACUAACGAUUAGCUAGAACGAGCCAACACAAAUGUUAUUAGCUAUCAUAGGAAGCUAACGUUAGUUACAAUCCACGCUCUUUCUUGAUAGUUAACUACAACCAGUCGCACUGUCUUUCUGUACUUCACACGCAUUUCAGUUUACAGCAAGUUUGUUUGAAGGUACGAAGAUGCACUGGGUAACUACCUAGGGUGUUGGGUGGAGUAGGUAGACAUGGCUGACCAAGAAAUUGGGCCCAUUGGGUUAGGCAAGAGGGCUGCAGCAGGUGCUGCAGUUUUCAAAGUGCGCGAGGCUGCAAUGGCUAUUCUUCAAACAGAAUCUACUGGUAACCUGAAAGUACAAAAACGGAGUGUCCCAUCGACUCCUUUCAUCGUACCAGAACCUUCCCUAAAACCAUACAAGCGGCCCCCCACUCUGCUAUUGCCACCUUCGCACCAUGCCAACCCAGUUGGAGGAUUUACCUGUGAGGUGUGCAGCCAGAACUUCUUCUCUUUUCCUCAGAUGGUGAGACACAAACAGUUCCACGACGAAGAAAGGCCCUUUCCCUGUGGUGUGUGUGGGAAACGUUUCCUGAGCCGCAGCCACUACACUGAGCACCAGCGGGUUCACACUGGGGAGCGCCCCUUUCCCUGUGACCAGUGUGAGCGCUCGUUCACCACACACCACAACCUAAAGCGUCACCACACCAUCCAUGCCAAAGAGGAGGCGUACCGCUGCCGAAAGUGUGGUGUACUCUUCUGCCAGCGUCACGAGUACCCCAAUGGCAUACCUCGACCUGACCUCGAGCCUCGACCUGGGUUCGAAUCCAUGCCCGUGAUGCAACCCACACCUCCCAUUCAGGUCACACUCACACCCAAGCAGCUUAAGAAGCUUAAAAAGAAGAAGAGCCAUAAUYUCUCAACCAAACAUGAUCAUUCUAAGAAGAAGAAAAAGAGGAGAGUCAAGCAUCCAGGCACAGCAGAGAAGGUACAUUCUGUGCCUCAAGAGGAACUUUGGCCUGUGUUGUUAACUAGAGGAGAAAAAUUGCAAAAAGUUGCUUAUGACAUCGAGGUUAUUCUUUGAUCCUGCAUGAUGAUGAAACAAAUGGGAUAAUCAGUUAGAUCAUGAUUUUAAAAACAAKAUAAACAUUGUUCUGUUUCUUCUCCACCCAUGUGGAAGCACUGUUUCAUAAAAGGACUUAUACCUCAAAACACUUGUUUUGCAUCACAUCAUGAUUUGGUAUUUAUUCCUUCAUUGAGUUUGCGAAAAUAAGAACUUUCUCUCCACCAGUGAUAAUGAUUAGAAAAUAUUCUGUCAAGCAUUUGACAAUUUUUUUGGUGUUACUUUAGUGUAUAUAUAUUUUUUGGGUUAUGAUUGAUUCAUUCAAUUAUACUUGAUCCAUUGUGAAGAAAGGGCUACUUAGACUGUGUAUACAUUAUUAAAUGACUUGCUGUUAAACUAGCUUACUCUUCUGAUGUUACACAUUCAAAACUAAUUUACAUAACAAAUCAUGUUCAUCCGCUUUUUAGAUUACAAUGAGGCCUGUAGUGUUUCUUGCUGGGUCUCAACCAUUAAAUCGUCCAGAAAUUGCCCUCACCAAUGUAUGUACGUGUAAAUAAUUCUGAUAGUUUUUUGUUGAUUAUGAAUUACUAAAUGUACUUGACAUAGGAAUAUCUAUAGUCUGUGUUAAGUGAAUAAUUCUGUUGAAUUGGAGUAACAAUUAAAGUUCCAGAGUUGAUGUCAAACUGCUAUGAAAUGAUA